AAACUUAACGUGUUUUCUGCUCUCAUCACUUUCCGAUAUAGAAUUAUUAAAAUAAAAUAAAAAGGGUAAAAACCGGUUCUUGCUCGGAACAUGAUAGUACACACGAACACAAUUCACAGCACUGAAAGAAAAUCUCAGCAGCUCUUGGAAUUUGAAUGGCUUCUUCUUCGUCGUCGUCAUCAUCAUCUUUAAUCCAAGGAGGCUCACUUCCUUCAUUCUCUGCAAUUCGCUCACGCCAUUCAUCUUCGGCACAUUCUUUUCUACGUUUGACCAAGUUACCGGAUAGUGGCCGGAGGAGCUCAGGCUACCGGCGAAUGGCCUGCACCGCUAUGGUACAACAGGCUGUAUAUGGGUCUCCAGCUAUUUAUGCUAAGGAAAUGGAGAGACUCUCUGCUAAAGAAUCUCUGCUUCUCGCUUUCAAAGAUUCUGGCAGUUUUGAAGCUCUGGUCACUGGACAGACAACAGAUAUGCAGCGGAUUGAUGUGAACGAAAGGAUAAAUGGUCUUGAGCGGCUCAAUCCAACUCCUCGACCAACUACGUCACCGUUUUUGGAAGGUAGAUGGAAUUUUGAGUGGUUUGGAGCUGGAAGCCCUGGAUUAUUUGCUGCCAGAUUUAUAUUCGAGAGAUUUCCUAAAAAUUUCGCUAAUUUGUCUAAAAUGGACAUGGUGAUUAAGGAUGGAAAUGCAAAGGUUACAGCAAAUAUGAAACUAUUAUACUCGAUAGAAAGCAAAUUCAUUCUGCUCUCCAAGUUAACUGUGGAGGGACCUCUUAGAAUGAAAGAGGAAUAUGUUGAAGGGAUUCUUGAGACACCAACCAUCAUUGAAGAAACAGUACCAGAACAGCUAAAAGGUGCAUUUGGUCAGGCUGUUCACACAGUGCAACAACUUCCUGUUCCUAUUAGGGAUUCCUUUUCUAGCGGGCUGAAAAUUCCUCUAACCAGUACUUUCCAGAGACUCUUCAUGAUUUCGUAUCUUGAUGAUGAAAUACUUAAGUGGAUGAAAACUGCACAUAGGAUUAAUCUGCCAUCUGAAUCUUGUUUCAGUAGCACAUCAAGAGUAGUCUUUGCACAAAUUUUAAAAGGAAUUAGAUAUGAAAAUGUCAAAAGUACAUGCCAUAUUUCAUUCUCAUGCGAUAAUAUACAAAAAAGGAGCUUUACGAAUUCUAGAGUACUAUCUGUUGUAUUUAUUAACUUGGGAGCCCUAUCAUGGAUGGAUGUCUCCAUCUACCAAGAUUCAUGAAGGCUAAUACAUUCUCUCCCAGCUUUUCUCUCGGGUCCCUUACAAGCAGUGGCGGAUCCUAGAAGGCACAGGGGAGGGCAAUAGCCCCCCUAGGUUUUGAGAAAAUUACAUCUUGGUCCAUGCACUUUUAAAAGUAACAAAUUUUAUUCUUAAUGUCAAACAAAUUCGUUUAAUUAGUUGUGUUCUUGUAAAUAGCAAAAUUGUAUAUUGGUCCUUGAUUUUUAUGAAUAACAUUUAUGUGUAUUUAUGAAAUACAUAUGAUGAAAGAAAAUGAUUGUUUUAAAUCAAAUAUUUUUAUAAAAAUUUAGAUUUUUUUUAACGCACAUGCAAAAAUAUUUGUUCAAGCUGAUGAAAAAAACUCUUGUUUAAUUUAUGCAUGUGAUUUCCACCAAAAAUGAUCAAUUUGUAGAUAAACUAUAUCUAUGAACAAUAAAAUAGAUAAUUAUCAUAUUAUUGAUCUUUCUUCCUCAAGAAUUGUUCUCAGGAUCCGCCAUUGCUUAUAAGGAGCCUGAAUUUACCUAUUUGGUUUUCUUUCAUUACAUGUUCCUAUCAUCUCUUGCGACCAUUUUAGAUUCAACACAUAACAUGGCGUUCACUACAGAUAUAGCUUGUAUAAUAUGACCACUUGCACUGCUGUUGCCAAAAGGAUGGUCAUGCGGAAGUAUCUAUUUUGCAUGGUCAUAAAUAUAUGUUUGCAAAACAGAAGGAUAAUUUCAAAGAACUAGCAGUUGGCUUUGUGAAAGAUAUGUAAGAACGUAAACCAGGAAAGUAGACAUUAUCA